CGAUUAGGCGGGAUGAUGGAAGGUCGUGGCGUGUUGCGACGCAUUUCAACUCGCAUUCUCAUCGUCCCGUACGAGUUUUUGAUGCGAGCGAGUGUUUCAAGAGUGUCCUAGAGUAUCGAAAAUGAAGUGAAGUAUCGGGCGUUCGUGCCAUCAUCCGUCGUCAGAUACGAUGCAUGGUGCGAAGUCGUAUCGCGUUCGAUCGUGUUUCGUAUCUUCUCCAUUGCUCCUCGUAUCCCAAGUUUUCGACGCGUGUGAGUACCGAGAGUGCCGAAAACGAAGGACCGCGCGUUUGUACCGAGUGUGAAUCAAGACGAAUCGUCGUAAGGAGGAUCUUGGAACUCUGUGUUCGACAGUUGCGGCCGAGAUGGAGCUGGACCGGCUGGACACGGAGCGACUAGCGGCGAACGAAAUACACUUUAUGAAUGCAGCUGACAUUGUACAAAAUAAUAAUCCUGGUCUCAAGACUUAUUGUCACAAUGCUUCCUCAAAAUACUUGACACAUAUGUGGAGAACUAUGACUAUGGAUCUCCAAAUCAAUUCAGACUCCUAUGUUUUGUACGAUGGCAAAACACCUCAAGAAAUUCUCCAAAAGUAUGAUGCGAAUGAAAAAUUGUGGAGUUACUUUGAUACGGGAAAACAUAGGCAAUUUAAAAUUAAUCCCUUUGAAGAUACAUGUAUAGGUGUUUACAUAGGUUCUCCCAGUGAAUCUGGCUAUAUAAUGAGUCUGACAGAAACACGUAUUAAUGUUUGGAAAUUGACAAUGAUGAUAAUGGGUAUUAUAAUUUUUUGGUGUGCCAAGAUAUUAAGUCGGAAUUCAUUAUUUUAUUAUACUUGUGGCAUAAUAUUUGGAGUCACUUUAUCUCUCAUAAUUUUAAUAUAUAUGGCUGGGAAAUUGAUACCAUGGGGAAAAAUGUACUUAGUAUUUGCUACAUCGAUGAGUCUUUAUAUUGCUAAAUUAUUAUGGGAUAAUACACAAGUAAUUGUAAUGCAAUAUAGAGAAUGGCUGAUGUGGUACAUUCUUGUUACGUCUUUGAUUAGUUUCGUAAUUUGCUACCGUUUCGGUCCAGUUACCAAUACGAGAACGAAACAAAUAAUACAAUGGUUUUUGCAGCUUGUAGGAUUGGCAUUGGUUUAUCACAGCAGUCACUUCUACGAAGCAUCCUUUUCAUGUUGCAUUGUACUUAUACUUUUUUAUAAUUUUCCGAAAGCAGCUUUUGAGCGAUCAAAGAGGUAUUGGCGAAACGUGUUUCCGGAAAAGCGAAAAUUAUUAAGUGAAGAGCAAUAUCAUCAAGAAGGAAUACGGCAAACUAGAAAAGCUUUAAAAGAUUUACAGAAUUAUUGCUCCAGUCCGGAAUGCAAUCCUUGGAAGACAGUUUUAAGACUGAAAAAUCCAAUAAGAUUUGCGAGAUUUAUGGAAGGAGAUUCACAUUUGCUGGAAGACGAAAUCGAGGAACAUGAAGAAGAAGUUUCGAAAAUUCUAGAUAAAGAUGAAUAUACAGAUGAUGAUGAUUCUUUUUAAGUACAAAUGCUUAAAUAAGAAUUUCAUAUUAUAGCAAUUUAUAUUUACCUUUGAACAACUAAGUCUUAAUAUAUAAAUAGAAUUUUUUUGUUCGAGUUAAACUUUUUUCACAUAGAGACUGUGAAGUAGGUACUUAAGUAAUAUUAAUUGUUUGCCUAUAUCUUUGCUCAAACAUAUUUUUACAUGACGGAUUUCUCAGAAACUUAUAUAUUUAUAUAUGUAUAUUAAUGAAAUUAUUUAUGAAGAUAACGCAUAUGUACAUGUACGUUAGUAAUGUUCUGAAUAUACAAGAGAAUGCAUAGAAAUAAAAUUAUUUCAAUCCAA